AUGGAGUCUUUGGCUGCGCUGGUAGCCAAGAUUCAGGACAAAGACUUGACCUCUGGCCUUGAUUCUGAAUCACGAGUUCCUCAUGGCUUUGCGUGGCUCGACGAAAUCUUGGAGCCAUGGGUCAAAGCGGAGAAAGAGUUUUGGAGUAUCACUUUGGAGCAGGAUGAACUCAGAGCGUACACAAAGGCCGUCUCAAUGCAACUGAUCGGUGAGGACGAUUACACUGUCCCAGGAUUCCGAUUGUCCAACUACGAGCGGCCUUCUAUGAAACGUAAACGGUUUGACGAAUCGAAUAUCGACAGAGAUCACGAGGAACGUCUGGAGCUAGAGCUGAAGGAGAGAAGAAAGAAUGCACGAACUGCGAUUGCUCGAGAUCGCAAGGUCGUGAAUGGGUUGACAGCCAAGGCGGCAAAGCUGAAGGCCAAAAUUGCGCAAUAUGAAGAAUCACUAGCAAGGAGUAGUAGAGAGUUUGACAAAUUACUAGCCGAAUCCCUUGCAUCCACUUUGGCACCCACUCAGGAAAUCAGAACCGACUUGGAUCCCACGAGCGAGUACGCGGCGAAGCUCGCCCGAGCCGUUAGUCGUAAAUACCAAACCAUCGAGAAGUUCUGGGAAUCUAAUAAAGGGCAACCUAAUUCCAUGGAAGCACGCCAGGAACGCCUCAAAGAAGUGUGGGGGAUAUUCCGGGCAGUGGCUAUAUUGGAGAGCGAGGUCUAUCAUCAAGAACUAGCUUCCAUCCUCGAAAUGGCUAUGAAUAAGGGACCUGAGAUUCUCUCGGAAGAGUCGUAUACACAAGACAUCGUACCUUCUGCUGUGGAGAUGGUCCAGGAGCGGUUAGAAUCGGCAAGAAAGAAGGACGAGUCGGAAACAUUAAGAAGAGAGAAUAAGCUCUUGACCGAAGUCGAGGCGCUUCUGCGAAGGCAUCUUAUGCCGCCCUUAUUCUUCCUCUACACCGGACUUUUGAGGCUCCACACUCAUAUCGAACAGGCGCUUGCUCAAUGCGAUGUCCUACUCUCCGAGUUGGAAUCCAUGCAAGCAAGAUUAGACGAGUCGAACUUUCAAGCGGCUCUGGAUGAGGAUGACGAACUUUUAAUUCAACUAGCAGAACUACUUCAGAUUCAAACAGACGAGAAUGGCGAGCUUCCGAGCGAAACUGUACUACAGAGGCUCAAGGAAUUGUGUGGUACGGCAUCAUAA